UGAAAUGUAAAUUGUGCUAAAAGUCAAAGUCUUUCUUUUUUCUCCUUCCGUGUUUCAUCUUAGGGUCGAUUAUCUUCUUCCAAUUUCACUCACCCUGUCACCGCAAAACGUCAUGAACCACACCCCUGCAUUACACGGAAUAGUCUGGUCCAUUUUAGUCAAGGUUGCAACGUUGAUAUUUCUCUAUGGGACAACACAAACAACGGGUUGGAGGUUGAUGUUUUCCAAGGACGAGUUGGCCCGUGGCUCUUUGAAAAUCUCCACGAAUUUCGGAAAUAAGAAUUUCCUCCGACCCUGAAAUCUGAGGGGGAGAGAAAACUGUCUACAGCUGCGCACCCAGAUCCCCUCCCCCCCCUCGCUGGCUGGAGUGGACAACUUUUGCCUGGUCAGGCAUCAUUCCUGUCACAAUUACCGGUAUUUUGGAAGGGGGCAAAGGAGAGAAGGAAAAAUCCCAAGGAAUCAGAGGGACAGAGGAGGAGGGCCCCAGAGGCGUGAGGGAGAAACGGUCACCGAUUUGAACCAGGUGGCGGUGUUCCACAUCUCCGCUCCCAAAAGAAAUAAAAGUACUUCUUCCCCCCCCCAUUGCAAACCCACACUAGCAAAGUCUGAGCAGGGAAGCUGUCAGGACGGAGGUUGGACGAAGAUUGAUUCUUGCAGAGAUUGAUGUUGACUUGCCCAGAAUGACGAGACAGAAUUUGUUCAGUCUACCUGCCCACCCCACUUGUGACAGGGGACAGGUCGGAAACUGAUGCGUGGGCCGUGUCCCCUCUGAACACAGGCGCUUCUCCCAUCCCCCAGCUCCCCCCCCCUCGUAAUUUCCUCAACUUGGCAUCCAGGUGUCGCGAUUGAGUCAUCUGUGGUUUGUGCAGAAUUAACGCUAAUUUUUCCCGGGAGAUUCAUGGGAAAAACUUGAGACAAAAUUUCCGACGCCGAGCUAUUUUUUUCCCGGCCAGCAAUGUCAAUGUUAGGGCCCACAUGACAGUCGUGAAAACACGUACAUGUACAGGGCUAAGUUUUUGUCCGUCUGCGGGGAGCACCGUGGCACUGCAUACCACCUUUGUGAAAAGAGGAAAACACCUGUACAUUGUGGGUACCAUUGCAUAAAAUGACGAUGCAUACGUUAGUCACUGCUGUCAGUUGUGUAAAUGCAUCUCAACCAAUCAGAAGUAAGGAAAUCAAAGGCAUCAACAGCACACAGUCUAUUAAUUUUUGGCACUGUAUGGUGCAUACCGCACCUAAAUGAUUUGUACCAAUCAGAACAAAGUCAUCUUUGAUUACAGAGUUUCCCAGUGGCCAUUGUACCGCCCACUUUUUUACAUUCUGUCCAAUCAGAGUGUCCCUUCUUGUAUUACUACUCUCGCUGACAAAGUAUAAGAUUAGAGAGGGGACCCGUGCUUGCAGCCCUGGGUCAGUGGAAUGACUGAACCGCAAGUCAACGAUUUGAAAGUGCAGUUCUUGAUUCAGAGAACCUUGCACCAGAUUUCCUGGCAAGGCCCACCUGGGAUGCACUAUCACCUGAGUUAAUUAACUCCUGCAAGAUUAUAUCCCCCCCUUCCCUUCAUUUUUCAAAUUGAAGUUUCGGCCCACUGCAAAAGUGCACCCAAGUUGCCAUGGAGACGGCACAGCAGACGUUCAUAUUCCCGCUCAGCGUGGUUGAGAAUUCUGAAGAUUGCGCGCACAGUGCCAAAACAGACCACGACCUGUCGCCGUUCAAGCUGGAGGGCACAGAAGAAUCCCCCGUGAUGCACAGUCAAGAGGAUGAUUUGACAGGCAUGGAAGGCCUGGAGAACACCGCCAAGACGGCUGGCGAGAAUGAACUGUGCUUACCCUGCAAGGUGUGCGGCGACAAAUCCUCGGGGUUCCACUAUGGCGUCAUGGCCUGUGAAGGAUGCAAGGGCUUCUUCCGACGCAGCAUACAGAAGAAGAUCGACUACAAGUGCCACUUUUCGGGCAACUGCGCCAUCGAACGGAUCAACCGCAACCGCUGCCAACACUGUCGCUUCAAGAAAUGCCUAGCAGUGGGCAUGUCCAAGGAAUCCGUCAGGAUAGGGCGUUACUCCAAGCGGGUCAAGCAGAGCAACAUGGACGAGAUCAAGCGGCUGACCAGCAAGCCUGAGACGCCGGCGGAGCGGGAGGCGCGGGAGCGACACGAGAUGGAGGUGUACACACUGUCACAGGCCGUGCUGCAGGCGCACAGCAUGACCUGCGAGUACACCAAGGAGAAAGUGGAGGCGCUGCUGCAGCAGCGCGACAGCAUCCUGAUGAGGCUGAAUGCUGGUGAGGACAUGAACAUUCCCCCGACGGUGGACUACAGCAAGUGGAAGCCGGAGGAACGGUCCAGUAGCAAGGUGUUUGCCUGGAAGGUCUUCUGCGAGGCCAUCAUGCCUUGCACCCAGCGCGUGGUGGAGUUUGCCAAGUGUCUACCGGGAUUCCUCACGUUACACCAGGAGGACCAGAUGACCCUCCUCAAGCAGGGCUUCUUUGAGGUCUGGAUGAUCUACCUGGCGCCCGUCAUGCUGACCGAGGAGCGGGUCAUCCUGCUGGGGGGCGACAGCCUCUUCAGCCGCGACUUCCUGGCCAAGAUGGAGACGCCGGACCUGUGGCGGCACAUCUUUGAGUUUGCGGCCGGCAUGCAUCAGCUGCAGCUGAGUGACAUGGAGACGGCGCUGUUUGCCGCCAUCACCAUCAUGAGCAGUGACCGCGGAGGGAUCAAGGAACCAAAGCAAGUUGAGGACCUACAGGAGAAGUUUCUGGAGUGUCUACGACGAGAGAUCACACGCCGAGAGGUCAAGGAUAACCACCUCUUUGCUAAGCUCUUGAUGAAGAUGCCCCUGCUGCGCUCCACCUCUACCUUGCAGAUGGAGACCAUGCUGCGCUUCCGCAUGGAGUUCCCUGAGGUGACCAUCCCGCUGCUGCUGGCUGAGCUGAACAACAUCAACCACGAGGACGCUGAGGACCACUUCAUGCUGCCACUCAUGAGCGAGGUCCUCGGACUCAAUGGGAACUCGCGGAAAAGACCCCAUGACAUCGCAGAACGUCUCCCCCUCACGAAGAUCACCAAGGAAGGCGGUCUCUUCCAGCCACCAAAAGCAGUCGCUGGGGUGCCCACUCAACGGUCCCCGUCGUCUUCGGAGCCUGAGGACAUUAACAUGGUGGUCACAAUGAGGACAGCUACAACGUGAGAAUGUCAACCUCAGACUGUGGUCAUCUCUUGGUUUUUGGGUCCUUGGAGCUUGAUGUCAACAUAGUAGGAUAGGUGACAGCUAUGAUGCGAGGACAUAGAUAGUAGACAGUGGUCACCUCUUCAUUUUGUAGUGAACAGAAUCCGAGGACAUCAACAUAGUGGAUAAUUAACACACAGGACAGCUAUGUUGUGAGGACAUCAGUAGCAGACGUUUAGUCAUCUUGUCCGCAGUCCUUGGAGCCUGAGGACAUUAACAUGAUUGUAAAAGUGAUAAUAGAUUUUUGUGUAUAAAGUUGUCAAAUAUUCUUGUUUCUUGGGCAACGCUGGUUUGUGAAGCAGCCUUUUUUCCGUCUGCAAGCAGUCAUAGCGGAGUCACACAGGGUUUCUAUCGCAACAUUAAUGCACAUCCAUGUUUGUCUGUGAUUCAGGCUUGUAAAAGCCUCUUUAUUCAGCAAUCGUCUUAAGGAUAUUCACUAGGCGACUGAGCAUGUAAGACAUGCACGGCCUUCAUCAGAUUGUUCAUACCCACCUUCAUUAAGUUCAUCACUGCUGGACCUUGGCCUGGUCUUGAACCCAACCCCUGGAGAUCCUGCAAAUAUCCACGAGAAAAUUGGGGGAACAUUUUUGCGGGGUUGAGGAAGGUCGAGCCCAGCCACUGUUAUUGUACAUUAGACACGGUGCCCCCUGAAAGUUGAAGUGCAAAGAAUGCAUCUUUGGUGUCCUGCACAGGGGAGGAUUUUGGAAGAUACGGGAAAGUUUUUGAUGAGAAUCCUGCGAGAAUUUUUAGGGUCAAGUUUUUUUCCGAGGAGUUUAGCCGUGCAACCUCUAUGAUCUGCUGUAAGCCAUGCCAUUGCGACUUUCAUUAUACACGUCCACCUUUGGCCGCCUCAGAGCAAACGUCUUCAGGCCCCUGGAUCAGUAAUUUUGAGAGCCCCUACAUAAGGAGGCCGUCAUCUGCAUGGCAUGUGAUGCUACGUCUAGCUUCGCAUGUCUGGGCGUUCAAUAUGCAGCCUCUACCCAGCCCUAAAAGUUAUGUUUAGUCUCAGCCGGGGCUUGAGGUCCAUCAAUUCCGAAGAUUAUGUCCAUCAAGACCCGGAAGGCAUCAAGGUCCCCAAAAGACAUUCAAGAAAAUUAAGUCCUAGUCAGCUUCUUCUAUUAGAACUUUGUAACACUGCAAUUUGUCUUGCAUUUAUGGUUCGCCAAUCAGAAUGGGCGCUUUGUUGGCUGAGCAUCUCAUACUUCUUUUGUAGCAGUGUGUCUAGGUCAUAGGUCAUUUUCAAGGCCUUUGUGCCCAUUUGACCACAGACCAACCAAAGGGUUAGGAUCCCACGUUGAGUGUAUCAUUGAGGUUAUAGCAAGGCGCUCAGUGAAGUGACACAUGCAACUGCAUGCCAUUUUAGAACCGACACCUGGCGUUAUGACAAGGCCAUUUAAGUUUCUUUUUCUCUCCAAAGAUUUUGGAAGUUAGAGGUCCGCCAAUAUGGGUCUUAGCAGAUGCUUGACUAUACACCAUGCAGGAGCUAAUGCAAUAGUAUGCAAUAAUCACAUACAAAGAGCACCCACUUCUGUGAUGAAAAAACAUGUCCAGUGUAGAAUUCAACACCACUGAAAGAAACAUUUUGAAGUUUAAAUCUCCAUGGAAAAUUUCUUUACCGUUUUCAUUUGUUUUAAAAAAUUUUUAUGGAGAAACGUUGUGUCACCAGUUUGCCAAAUGUUGCACAAUGACUCUUCUGCUAAACUUUUAACUACUCCACAAAUUCACCCACUUCAAACUUUUAUAACACUCGUCGAAUUAAUUAAAAAUACCACCGACUUAUUAGGGAAAUUAAAGUCUUCACUGCGAACAGCUGUCUACAGGGGUUUGAAACAAUUUUGUAUGGGCUCUUACACACACGUAGGAUAUUUUAAUGAGUGGAACUGUUUUCCAAUUAUCAAGACAAUGCAUUAAUCACGUUAAUAGGAGCUGCUUCCUUUUUGUCUUGUGAUUCCCAGAAAUGCAACUCGAAAUACUGACUGCUUAAAGUUAUCAGCACAUAUAUAUAUAUAUAUUUUUCACUUUGUAUAAGGUAACAGUAAGUUAUUCAUAAAUUGUAUAAUAAUUUUUUUAUAACUAUGAUUGAGCUCAUUAAGAUUGUGUAAAUGGUUUUAAUUGUAAAAAUGUUUUGUAAUGCAGCACUGCCCACCGAGAGAUGAAAAAUGCACACCUAUGAUUUGCAUUGUACUGAGACACAUUUGAAUUGAAAUGGCUAUAUCCUUUUUUUUUUUUAAAUUAAUUCUUCUAACAAGGGACUGAAAUAAAAUGUAUGUCUGAAAUGUGAGGGAAGAAAAUUUUGUUUUAUGAGACGGUGAGGGACAAGCUGAUGUAUUAUUUUUAGAAGGGAAUUUGGAUUUAGUUUGCCAAUUUUUUUUUUUUGGUCGUAUAGUAUAUGCAACUUUGUACAUGCAUUAGAUGCCAUGCACGCAUCGCAAAACUGAACUGCGUUGAUCAUGUUCCACCAUUUCCAAACUGAAGUUCAUACCAAAAACUGAAAUUCAUCAAAAGAAUGGCAGAUUAGGCAGUUUUGAAGUGCUAAAAAUCAGAUAGGAGGGAUUCUCCAUGUUAAAUAUCGCAGAAAGUUCAGAAAAUGUUUUGCAUUGGACCUGCCUGCAAGGAUGCAAGUUUUCAGGCAAAAGCCUGAUUUUUGGCUGGUUCUUGUAAAAUGUUAUUUUCAGACCUUAGCAAGGUACAUCUAGGCUUCCAUGGCUGUAUUUUCAGGUUCUGUAUGAGAGCCUGACUGGCAUCCCUGCUGCCUAAAUCUUAAUUAUGGGCCAUGGAGAAAUGUCAACAUAUGUUCAUGUGGUACACUUUUCUGUCAGUAACAAAUUCUGUGAGUGGCAUUAAAUACUGCACCACAUUCCUGUGUUAUUGGUGACGGGGGGUUCUUCCUUCUAGUAUCUCAUUGGUUUCUUUCCAAAGACUAGACGACAUGCCCUGUGAUGUUAUGCCAGGCAGUAUGCACCUACAUACUGGAGAAGCAGCUGGCCUUGGCUCGUCCUCUUCACUUUUGACCAUCAUGCUUUGCUAUGAAAUUUAUUAACUUCAUUGCCCAAUACAUUUAUAGUUGAUAUUUCAAGUAAUAAGAAACGUGCAGUUGGUGUGUUCACUUUGUGCUAUGUGACCAGAAUGUGAUUUUUAUGGGCACUUUCAACAUCAUCUACAUAUGCAGCAGGUUAUAAUUCAAGGCCCUAAUUUAAUUUUGACGACAUGAGUCAGUGGCAACUAAUUCAUUUCCUUUGAGAUUACCUCGUUUUGAAAUACAUGUACGGUAAAAUGCAUAAAAUAAAUUGUAACUUAGUUCGUAAUUAUGCAGUGAUACAGAAUCGCAGAUUCAUGGUGCACAUUAUAACUGUAUUGUAGAGCAAGAUUGUUUCUGUAAUAGCUGAAAUAUACAAGUAAAAAUUGGUUUUAUUUGUUUUUUUUUUUUUUUAAGACGAUUGAUUGUUACAGUUUACACAGGAGUGGAAAAUCAAGAUUUCAGCCUCACCUUGAGUGGGGCUAUGAACAGAUGAAGAGCCUAACAGUGGUUUCUCCAAAAUUUGAAAAAACAAAUCCCAAAUGUGAAUUUUUUCUGCAAAGAGGUAUUUUUAAUAAAGAAAUGUUGAUUUUUGUAACACUAGGCACUGUAUAUAAUGUUUUCUAUAAAAAAAAAGAUGCCAAACACAACACAAUGUUUAUACCUGUAUAACCUCUUUGAACAAAAAGCAGUUCAAUGUUUCUUUUUAUGUUGUAUCCCCAUAAGAAGAUUCUUCAUCUGAGGUUUGGGAUAACAUCAGACGAACAAUCGUCUUUUGUGAGUGUGCGUGACUGAAAGAACUUGAGAUGUCACUCGCGCAAAAGAAUUGCCUCAUGUUUUUCUCAAAUGAAUUCUUAUGAUGUGUUGCAAUGUGAUUGUGGCCAACAAACAAGGCGCUGCUAUGUCUCGAGAUAGGUCGUGUUUUCACACGUUCAUUUUUUUUGUUCAGUAGGUAUUUUUUCAAAAUGGAAGUAUUUAGGGCGACCGUUAGUGGAGAAACUGCAUUGUGACUUGGUUGGAAGUAACUUUGUUGACGUGCGCCCAUUUUGGUGUUUUUGUGAAAACUUGUGUGCAGUCGUAUGUCAUCACAGGGUAUAUAAAAGCCACUCGUUGCGAGUGAGCAUUCUGUACCAAUAUUUCUCCACUGCGUUGGUUCUUUGAAGUUGACAUUGAAUUUUUAUUCAUGGCCGGUGCGUGGAAAAACAAUCCAUUAUUUUUCUGAGACAAGUGGAUAGAUUUUGUCUCCCUGACCUGUCACGUGAAACAAUUAAGAUUACACACUUUACCUCAAAGCAUAUAGUAAUGACAAAGUUUACAAGGUUGGGCCGUAUUUUGGUUUAAUUAAUAAAAAAAAAAGCAAUUCAUGUAUGUCUUCACUAAA